AUGAUGUCACCAAAUAAAAAUCUUAUUCGGUUAGAUAAACUUCAUCGUACACGAGAAAAUAGUCUCACUGAAGUCGCUCGUAUCACAGAUGAAAACAUUCCAAAAUAUCGACAAGUUAAUUAUGCUGCCAUGCGAGAUCUUAUUAAUGAAAGAAAAAUCUGUGGAACACAAGCAUUAGAGCGAAUCUCGAAAUUACAAAAUGAAAGUCAUGCCAUGCGGGAACAAGCUGAAUUGAAAAUCUCUCGUGAUUGCUGGCUCAAUGAACAACAAAAAUUAAAUCAACAAUAUAGAAAAUAUGACAAUGAACAUCAAACAUGGCUUGCAGAUGCAUUUAAUGACCCAGAUUUAUUGUCAUUAUUUCAUGAAAUAACUAAAUAUAGAAUAUGGCUCGAAGAAAAUACUAUAAAAUUUCGAAAGACUACCGUUUUACCAAUGAUGCAAUUAAAAGAAGAAUUAGAAUCGAAGAACAUCAACUCUGAUAAUGUUUUCAAUGUCAUGGAUGCACUUCAAAUAGUAAAAAAAGAGCAAAAUGAAUUAAUCCUGUUACUUGAUCAUGAAGAACGGCAAAUCGAAGACGAAUUAAAAGCAUUUAAAAUUUAUAUUGAUGAAGACGAUGAAAUCAAUAUGAUAGAAGAAGGAAUACCAGAAUCAGUUCUGGAAUUACCUUGUCCAGACGAUGAAUUACGAGUAACAAUGCUGCAAGAAUUUCUAAUUAUCGAUCAUAAAUAUCGAGAAACUCUCGUUGAUCUCGACACUAAUUAUGUUGAUGUCAUCAGUGACGAAAAUGGUGGUUGGGAUAUUAGUGAACAUGAAAUGUUAGUUCAUUUAUAUGAAAUAUAUCCCGUUGAUUUGAAAAAGCGUCGAACUUGUAUAUAUAAUCAUUUUCACCGAUACUUUCCAAAACGAUCAAGACAAGAAAUGCUCAAUCAUGAAGAAUGGUGCAACGCUCAAUCGUAUUAUCUUAAACAUAAACGUUUUAUUUUAAUCGAAUGGAGACAAGCUCGUGUAUCAUUAAAAGUAAAAACUCAAUUAGUAUUUGAAGAAGCAUUUGAAUUGCAAGAACGUUUAGCACAGCAACAUGAAGAAAAAUUGAGGCAACGUGCUUUUUGUGAGCAAUUAACAAAUCAAGUUAAAAAAUGGAGAGAAAAACAACUUGAAGUAUUAGAAGUUCGUCGAAAACUCGAAGAAUCAAAACGACAAGCCGAACUUGAAAAAAUGCGACAAGAAAAUGAACGAUCACUUAAACAACGUCAACAAACGAAAGAAAAGCUUGCUGAAUACUAUUCAAAAAAAGAAGAAGUUCGAUUAAUGGAACAUGAAACAGAACAAAAGCGUCUAGAAGAAAUGCAAUAUGUCCUUGCUGAACAACAUCGUAAAGAUCGGGAACGUAUUAAAUUUCGUAAAGAAGAAUAUGAACGAAAACGUCAAGAAUUGUUAGAACGCAAUCAAAUUGAAGAACGUGAAGAACUUGAAAGAGAAGAACGUCUUCAAGCACUUGCUGAACGCGUUCGACCUCAUGUUGAAAUAGAUCACGCUCGUGUAUUGCAACCAACGAAAGCCUACAAUGCUCAUCGUGGUUUGUUGAUAAAUGCAAAUGAAGAUAUUAAUAUUCAACAAGAGUUAUUUCCUAUCAAUACAUUUAAAGAUCGUAAAUUAUGUGGCGAUAUUCGUGUUCGUCUUGAACAACGUUUACGUGAUGCUGGUGUAAUACAAACUGAUUAUGCUCGUCAAGCAUUGGCUGCAGUACAAAAAGCUCCGCAACGUCGAGAUACACAAGAAAAUAAAAUGUGGACUGGUUUCACAUUUAAAACAAAUGAUAUUGAACCAUAUAAUAUGUCAAAGCCAGUGAAAAGAGAUUUCAUUAGUCAUUCCGUGUUCUAUGGAGUAGAAAAUUAA